GAUUUUGUUGAGCUUGGCGACAGUGAAAUGGUGUGAUUUUAUUUAAGUACAAUUAAACUAGAAUCAUUUAAAGCAUAUUUUUUAUGUUAUAUAAUAUAAGAACUCAUUCUAUCUGGUUCAUGUAUUGCAAGCAUUAGUAUGAUUUUUCAUCUAUCAAGUAAAGAUAUAUGACAUAAUAUGCUGAAUACUUUGAACAAUAUUCUUUGAAAAAGUGGACAUCUUCCUAUGAAUAGGCUAGAAGAAUGAUGAUUAAUGACCAGAUGGUCCUCGAAGAGGACUAUGAUGAAAAUUAUGAACCAACAGAGAAUGAAAUCAUUGAAUAUGCAGCUUCAAUAGGAAUUGAUGUAGAUAAGGAACAACACCUACUAUGGAUUGCAAGAGAAGGAAUAAACGCUCCACUUCCAGAAAACUGGAAACCAUGUCAAACUCCCACUGGAGAUGUUUACUAUUUUAACUUUGCCACUGGGGACAGCAUAUGGGACCACCCUUGUGAUGAGUUUUACAAAUCUAUGGUUCUUGAGGAGAGGAAGAAGAUAUCGCCAGAUAAAAAUUUUGGUAAUAAUAAAAAGAAAGUGAAAGGCAAGGAAGACAAUAAAAAGAAAAAGGCAGGUGCAUCGAGUUCUGGUACCGGUAUAGGUGGUGGUGAUGAGUUGGGUCCCUUGACAAAAGCUCCUGGUCAGAAGCUGUCUACAUUGAACCCUCUCUCACUGAAAGCAGAACACAGUAUUGGAACACCUCAACUGCACAGGAAUAACCCUGGGCCCCUUGGGCCUGUCAAGUCUACAGAUAGUUAUGGUCGCGGAUCUGUUGGUAAUUCGCAACAGAUGAGGGGAAGUUUCAACACUACAUCUGGGUCCUACAACAAAAGUUUAAAUGUUACCAGCAGUGUGACGAUACCUGUCUAUUCUGGGGAUUAUGAAGAUGAUGAUGAAAAUGAUCGACCUAGCAUGAACAAAUUCAAUUUCGGGGACAUUGCUGAAUUGGGAUAUGAGGAAUCUGAUCCAGAAUCUGAGAACAAACUGAGAUCUAAGAAAGAUGAAACAGAGAGUGACAGUGAUGACUACAACAAAGAAGUGGACUUUGGCUUAGACAAGAACCUGUCUGAAAAGUUGAUGGAGUUUGAGAACUUAGAACCAGGUCUUAGGGGAUCCCUUGAGAAGAUGAACAGAGUUGGCAGUAGUUUAGGCCAGGACAUUGAUGGCACGUUAUCAUUGAAGUCUACUGCUAGGGAUGAAUCUCCAAGGGGCAAAAUUUCUCCUUUAGAUAUAGAUGCUGAGAGAAGGAGAAAAGCAGAUUUGGCUGCAGCAUCUGCGGAAAGAAGAGCUCAGGAACAGUUUUUAAAAGAUGAAGAGUUCAAAAUUGCCACAGCCAAUGAGAAAGCUCUUCAAGAGAUGCAAGAGAAAUUAGAAAGGGAGUUAGAGAAUGCUAAACUUGAACUCUUGGAGGAUAAAGACAGAAGGUUAAAGAAGCUGAAAGAUGAUAUUAAAAAAGAAGCAGAAGAGGAAGAGAGGAAGAUCAGGGCAGAGAAAAGAGAAGUGAUCAGCAAAUUACAAGAGGAGCUGAAUAAUGCUAGGGAAAAGGAAAAAAUCCAGUUAACGAAUUCUCAAGAGCUCGACUUGGCAAAUCUCCGUAACCAACACAGCUCAGUGAUAGCCCAGAAAGAAGCUGAGUUGCGAGAGCAGAUGGACAAGGCUCUACAGAAGCUUAGAGAUGAGGUCAGCAAUUUACAGAAGGAAGAGCAGGAGAAACUGGAGGAAGAGAAGAAGAAAGCUCUGGAGAAGUUAGCUAAGCAGGUUGACAACAUGAUUGCGUCUGAGAAAGCCAAGCUUGAGGAUGAGCAGAAAAUUCAGGUGGACUCCCUGCGCAAGAAACACGACUCCGAGAUAGAGAGGCUGCGCCAGGAGCUGGACCGGCGGCACAAGGAGAGGCAAGACAGCCUGCGGUCUGAGCUAGCAGAGACCCACAAACAGCAAAUGUCAAAGUUGAGGGAGGAGCUAAUCAAACUACAAGAAGAGGAAAAAGAAACAGAAGAGCAUGAACUCAAAGCUGCCAGAGAAAGACAAAAAGCCAUCAAUGACUUGGAGAAAGGAAUGGGUGAGACUUUGAGUGAGCGCACAGCUAACCUGAAACAGGAACAUAAAAAACAGCUGGCCAACCUCAGCAAGGAACAUGAAGAGCAGCUCCGCAAACUGAAGGAACAGUAUAAAGAGAAGAUUCAAAUAGAGCAGGAUAAUCUGGCAGCCGAGCUAGAGAAAGAGAAGGCACUGCUGCAGCGCCAGCAUGAUAAAGAGGUGGAGGAAAUCAAGAAGAAUUUUCAGAUUAAGAAGGAAAGUUUGCAGGAUCAGCUGGACGAUGAGGAAGAAGAACUGAAAGAAAAAAAGGCUGACAUUGAAAGGAAAGCAAGUUAUGUUGAAAAGGCUUUAAAAUCUAUUGAAUCUCAGGAAAAAUUGUUGGAAGAAAGAAGAAAAAAAUUUGCUGCAGAUAAAGAGAGGUUGGAACAAGAUCAUGAUGAAGCUUUAGGUGCAAAAGUUUCUUCCCUUGGAGCAGCAGAACUUGAAAGGAUGAGAGAAGAGAGGAGACAACUACUACAGGAGCUGAGAGAAGAACAAGGGAAGCUAGACACUACCAAGCAGGAGAGGAAAGGCUUGGAAGGGGAGGUCAUCAAGUUGAAAAUGUCUAGAGACCAACAGAAUAAAAAACUGAUGGAGAUAAGAGGAAGGGUUGAACAAAAACUCAAAGAAUUUGAAAACCUUCAAGACAAGUUUGAGAAAGAAACAGAUAAAGCUAGUUUCCUUAGAGCGGAGAGUUCUCGUGCUGCCCCUUCAGCGUCUGCUUCUCCUACCAAACUUAGCAUGACUGACCUCCAGACCAGCCCAUUUCGGGAUAAUUUAUUACGGGUCACAGAUGAUUUCGAGGAUGAUUUCGAUUUAGGUUUAUCUAAACCCAAGACCUUGCUGAGGCCUGGGGUGUCAUGGCAAGAUAUUCUAGCAGCAGAUGAUGAUUGGCUGGAACCCAGCAUUAUUGGCACAGAAAAAAGGGGCAUGAAAGAACACCUGGCCAAAGAAGGGCAGACAAUAGCCAGAGCUAAAGCCUUUCUAAAGAAACAGAGGAAGACAUUGAAACAGAGACAGUCAGCCCUAGCCGCAGCCAAACAAGAGCUGGUGAAAGAUUCAAGAAGGGUUCAUGGGAAUCUGUCAGAGCGGGGAGCUGAGCUGUUGGAUGAGGUGAGACAGACCCUAGAGAAGGAAACCCAUCAGCUGGAUGCCCUCCAGUCACAUGUCAACUCAGGGUCAAGGCUGGUCAAGCAGAAGGAGGAGAAGCUGCAUGAGAUGGAAGAGUUAGUGAAAGAUAACGAUAGUGAGGAUGAAUCAGAGUAUUCCCCCUUUGCAAGGCCCUGGAAAAGCUCCAAACUUCCCAACCUUGACAUUAGUGAUGAUGAAAGCAGUGGCAUCAGUAGCUCUAAUGCCAGUUUGGAGAGUUUUUUAUACGGUAAUAACAGGUACACAUCAGCUCCAGCAUAUCGCACUCCAUCACCCAGGGGUGAUGACCUCUCACGAGCCCUCCACAAAAUCAACACAGAGCUCUCACGGGUUUUAAACUACAUUGACAAAGACAGCGAACAAGUCACAGACCGGGCCACUGUUCCCUACCCAACUUCAAGCCACCUCUACUCUAAUCUACCUGAAAAAUCUGUUUGGUCACCACAUCCUCCACAGGGGCCAGCACCUAGGAACUACUCAUCACUUGUUUACACAGCUGAGCAGUCGCUAGAGAGGAAGUGGAAGAAAUAUUUUGGGGAACACAGACCUCCAUUUACUGCAGGACCGUCCUACUUCACCCCUUCUCAGGGCUAUGGGCACACAUCAUUGUCUGUUAGGGACAGACAUAUCCACAUGAACCUGUUGGAGCCGCGCCCCUCCCCCUCCAUCCAGACCCAGCUGGCAGAACAGAAGGAGUGGCUCAAGCAGCACCACAACAGGCUGGAGAGUGUGGGGCCCUCAGUUAACAACACGGCCUUGUGGGAGACUGGAUCUGUACUGAGUACUGGUGCACUGACAGACGGACGGAAAGAUGUGCCUGGAGUGUCCACCCCUCCCAGGUACGGUUCCAACAUUAGACUGGAGCUGGAUGACAAAGAUGAAAUACGAGUCCGGCACUAUUGAUACUGUGUGUAUUAAUAAUCCUAUUAUACUCAUCAGAUAUUCU